ACUCUUUUAUCCUAUUAUCUGAGUAAAGUCAAUCCACUUGCUUCUCAAAUAAUUAAUAAUUUAAAGAAAACUAAACAUUAUAAAUUUCUCUUAUAAAAUGAUGUCGCAAAUCGGUAGUAGGAUACCAAAAAAUGCUUCCAUUAUCAACACUUUAAUUUCUGGUAAUGUGAGAGCUCUGUCUACAACUCCUCAAUUAAAUGCGAAAAAAACACUACAAGAUAAGACAGGGAAAAAUAUUGUUCUUGUAGAUGGAGUUCGAACACCUUUUUUGAUAUCUGGAACCGAUUAUUCAAAAAUGAUGGCUUAUGAUCUGGCUAAACAUUCCUUGAAGGGUAUUCUAGAAAAAACUGGUUUACCUAAAGAAAUGGUCGAAUAUGUAAUUUAUGGUACAGUAAUUCAAGAAGUAGAAACCUCAAAUAUAGCUAGAGAAGCAAUGCUUUGUGCAGGGUAUAGCGAUAAAACUCCAGCUCACACAGUAACCAUGGCUUGCAUUUCUUCUAAUGUUGCGAUUACAUCAGCUAUUGGACUCAUCGCUAGUGGAACAUACGACACAAUCGUUGCUGGUGGAGUUGAAUUUAUGUCAGAUAUUCCGAUCAGGUUCAGCAGAAAACUCAGAAGUAUAAUGCUGAAAGCUAAUAAAGCUAAGACUCUUGGCCAAAAGUUAUCUUUGUUGGGCCAAGUUAGACCGGCUGAUAUCUUACCACAGUUACCUGCAGUGUCUGAGUUUUCCUCUAAAGAGACCAUGGGUCACUCUGCUGAUCGUUUGGCAGCAGCUUUCGAAGCUUCUCGCAAAGAACAAGACGAGUUUGCGAUGCGUUCUCACACUCUCGCCAAAGAGGCUCAUGAGAAGGGUUAUUUAACUGACGUGAUUCCAAUCAAGGUUCCUGGAGUCAAUAAGUCCAUCGAAAAGGAUAAUGGAGUGAGAGUUUCGACAAUGGAGCAGCUCUCUAAGCUCAAACCAGCAUUCGUUAAGCCUUAUGGUACAGUUACUGCUGCCAAUUCAUCGUUUUUGACUGACGGUGCUUCUGCUGCUUUGAUUAUGCCUGAAGCGAAGGCUAAAGCACUAGGACUUAAACCUAAAGCUUACCUUAGAGAUUUCACCUAUGUAGCUCAGGACCCCAUUGAUCAACUUCUUCUUGGUCCAGCUUAUGGAACCCCGAUUAUCCUCCAAAAGGCUGGUUUGGGAAUUAAAGAUAUUGAUACUUGGGAAUUUCAUGAAGCUUUCGCGGGACAAAUAGUCGCUAAUUUGAAAGCCAUGGACAGCGAUUGGUUUGCUCAAACCUACAUGAACAGAUCGUCCAAAGUGGGUGCUCCUGACAUGGACAAAUUUAACAAAUGGGGUGGUUCCCUCUCGAUUGGACAUCCUUUCGCAGCAACCGGUAUAAGACUCGCUAUGCAUACUGCAAAUAGGCUGGUCAGAGAAGAUGGGCAAAUCGGUCUAGUAGCUGCUUGUGCCGCUGGUGGACAAGGUGUUGCCAUGUUGUUGGAAAGACAUCCAGACGCCACACCCAACUGAGAUAUUUGUCUGUUAUAUGCCAAAUGUGACCUUCAUUAAAAAAAUUAUUUUUCUAACUCGCCGAAGUCGAUUUUCAAAAAUGUAAAUAUAUAUUUAUACAUGCAGUAACUCAAAUCAGUUUUCCAUUAAGUUAUACUUUUCGCAUUUUGAAGAAAAAUAUCGAUUUAUACAAAAUAAACUUUAUUUAGAUAUUUAAAA